AAGAGCCUGCCCGCCCGCCCGCCAUCGGUCUGCGUCCCAAUCAGCCAACCAGCAAUAGAGCGAUCACCAAGUACUCCGCUCGCGCUCAUCUCGUGAGUCUCGGGGUACACUCAGUAUAGGGGCAGACUCCUAGCAUCACCGGUAGGAGGGUUCGGACAUCAGCGGUUGUGAAUGAGUGACACGUCGGUCUUAAUUGACACAUUUGAGCACCUUUGUUUCUCCCAAGACAGUGGUGUUUCUGAACGGAUUGUCACAAAUUCGGGACUAAGGAAACUUUACUUAGAGCAUCUUGUUUUGGAUACUUGGAACAGUGUCUCAACAUCUUUUCAUACGGAUGAUAUUAUGUCAUUCUAUCUGUGAAAUUUCCCGUGAGGAUCAUUUUAAUUAUCUUAAUGUCAAAGAACAUAAUUAUAAGGUCUGAAGGCAACUUUGCAAUGUGUCUAAUUAGCUUUCGUAAAUAAAGUCAACGAGUCCGCAAGACUUGAAUAUUCAAGGGCCAGAUUAGCAGCGAAAGCUAGGUAUCUUAUCCAAUUCUUUGACCAACACCUAUCAUCAUGUCAUCUUAACAGCCGCUAGCCACGAGAUGUUAAUUUUUAAAGAGCUUCAUUGAUACUGGUGGCGAAUUUGGAAGAACUAAGGCAAUUAAAGGAAGCUCCUUGACGAUCCUGCUCAGGAGAUACAUCUUUGGUCUCGGCGGAGGCAAGAAGGAUAGGCAGAGGAUACCGGAGUCGUGAGGACCUGAUUGGGAGUACCCCCAAUCAGUGAUUUGGAAACUUUCUGUGCUUCGUGUUGCUUCGAGUUAUGGAGUGUUCUGGAAUGUUUAUUGCGGGGCUUGGUGUGUUUAUCGUCAUCCUGCAGGCUCCAGGUACGUUUGUCCAGACAACAUGCGUGUUCCCCGAGUUCCUACAAAGCCCGUCUGAAGAUGGUUCGCUGAAACCCUGGAGUACCCGGAUGUGGUGGCUCAAUCUACGUCACCUACCGAGAUGGGUGGAGAAGCAAGACGUCUUCAUAGACGGCCCGUGGCUGUGGCGGCACCGCGACAUCCUCAAGAACUGUGACCGAGUGACCAGGCGAGCCUACAGGAAGACCAGCUUCGGCCAGUGCUCCCAGAGACAGCUUGUGUACAACAGAACAUGUCUGGCAGCCAAGGGAUUCAAUAAGUUCCAGGUGGUACAGUAUGGGCCGGACAGAACACCCAAGUUCGCCUGUAUGAAGUUUCUUCGUCGGAGCGAGAACGUUGUUCAGGUGCUAGAAAGUACACCUAGAGAAACCAACGAUGCCGGACUUUGUGAUGAGAGUAAUCUCAAUUUGGACGAAUGGCCUUGGGUUGGUCCCUAUACAAGCAGGCCAUAUUUUUGUCCAAUCAGCGGCGGUUUUACGUUUCGGACAUUCAGCAGACUGACCAAUGAGGACGUUUGCGAAGAUGAAUGGCGACGGUCGCAGCUAGAGAUCGAAUGCUUGAGCGGGGACGGACUUGACUUCAUCGCUCCCACGGGCAGCAUCUGCAACCCAUUCCUGAGACACGGUGUUUGGAAGAGGCUGACGUGCUGUGCAGGCUGGGAGAACAAUGGCUUCAUAUUCAUCGUUGCCUCGGACGUAUCGGAGAAGCCGCGCUACUGCCUGCGUUUCCCCAAGAACCAGGAUGGGGAGUUCUCUGUUCUAAUCUACUUCAACGUCAUCUGUCCAGAAGAACCAGAUGGCAAACCUCCUCAUGGAAUAGAGUACUACGAAAUGCGCAUGCGCAGACGAGAUCCGAACCGGUGUGAGGAUGAUGACGACCGGAAGUGCCGCGAACUGCUCUCUACAGGGGUUUGUGGGAAGGACAUCAACGUCAGUCAGCACUGCAAGAAGUCGUGUCAGAUGUGUCAGGGCCAACCACGUCAGAAGUGUCGGUUCGACCCCAAGCUGCACGGAGACUGGAUGCUGUACGACAGGGACAGGAACGAGGAAAUCACCAUCAACCACAACAAGGCAUCAUUCUCCAAGUUUGGCAGGUUCUCGUGCCGGGAGACGGGAUCUAACGAGAACCAAUACAAGACGGUGUCCGAGUUCACCAAUGGCUGCUCUCCUCGAUAUACGUGCAUUGAGUUUCACCGCCGGAACAACAACGUUCUGCAAUACCGGAUAAGUAAGAGCAUGCGCACUGAUGCCGACCUUGAAGACCUGUGUUCCUUCCACGAUGACCCCUUCCCAUUGGGCGACAGUUACCGGAGCUUCUUCUACAAGAACCUUGUCUUGUCCAGGAAACUAUGGCCAUCCUACUGCGGCCUGGACAGCACCAUCCCCUUCAACGGCUCCUUCAACGGGGAGCACUGUGAGGGCACGGUGUCGGACUGGGACGAGGAAAGUUGUACCACCAAGGGGACAAUCCUGCUGAGGUCUCACACCUGUAGUUCCCUCCUGGCUCCCAUGGAGUUCCAGUGCCUGGCCUACAUCCGGGAAGAGGAGACAACUCAGCAGCAGCUCCUCAUCACCAGGAGUAUGGAUGGCCGGAACGAGUUCAACUGCUGGGUGAUCACCAACUACGUGUCUGGGGGAAGGUGGCCGUGGAGGGCCAUGUACAGAAUGCCCACAACACAGUGCUCUGUCCUCACAGAUGUCGAGAUCGACUCCAACAUACUUAAACCCAAGGCAGCCCUCUACCUGGAGGACAGAUCCCGGAGCAAGGUGUGCAAGCCCGCGGACAUAUCGCCCGUCACCGUGUCUGUCCGCCUGCUGACCAGCGCCAUGCCAAACAGAUAUGACAUCGACACCCAAGAUAAUGGACGGAUUGCAAAUACAAAUAUACCCCGCGAGUCACCACGGGAACAGCCUGGAGCGCCAAACCUCGGCGUGAUGUACAAUAGCGCUGGCAACGUUUGCCUCCCGUCGUUGUUGCUGUUGCUGGCAGCAACGUCCGUGACAAUCAGUUCUCGGUGACGGCAAUCACGACUGACUCUUGUAUGCAAUACUUGCUAGCUGAUCUUCACUAAGUGCCAAACUAUAGAGCAGGGAUAAAGCAGAUGAGACCGCGACGUUCAUUGGCUUGCAAUACAGUGACUGGAAUGUAACAUAGAAUAUGAUUGGUUUGAUCUUGUGAGGCGAAUGAGGUCAUAACAAAGGUUUCCAUUGGACAUGAGACAUAUAACGAACGCCCUGAUUGGAUGUUUGUUACUAGUUUGUUACUAGUAGUAACUGAAUAAACCGCCUCCGCUUUGUGUGAAAGUCAAGAAUGAAACUGCAUAGCGAACGGACUGCUUGUGGCUUGCUGCGCCGCCAUAUUGCGCUGAGUUUGAACAACCGACGCCCUAGACGCCUAAAGGGGCACUUUCUAACCGGUUCUAAGUCCAGACAUUAAGCAAGAACCUUGUGAGCUUAUACCCAUGCAGUAUUCUUAGCCUAUUACAAGGAGUUUGCGAGUCAAGUCAUCGUUGUCCUUUGAUGUCUGGUGUAGAAGUCACAAAACCAGACCGUUGUCGCUGUUUGAUACUAGUGUUUACACGCAACACCCUGUAUACCGAUGUUCGUGUAUGACUAUGUAGGUUUAUCACUGUUGUGUUUAACGUUAAAGUUGGACGACUACGUUGUUUCAGGAGUCAGUUACAAAUGCCGGAAACAAGUUAUGUUUGUAUAUUUUAUUAUCAUAUAAUGUAUGUAUGUUAUUUGUAUAAUGGUUUACUAGAUGGAAUGUUAAAGACGUUAGUUUUAACGUCCCCAAAUACAACGUUCCAUGUACAUACUCGUAACUGUUGUUGGUAUAUCCGUAUCAGUCUGUCAGUUUGGAUCCGUUUCGUUCUCAGCAACGGUCCUCAAAUAAGCAAAACAUGUAGCAGUGAAAAAAAGCUUUGUAUCUAGCAGAUUUAAGGUAAAUUGUUAUGCCAGUAUGCCAAAAUAUCAAAAUUUAUUUUUGCUAUUAUUUGCAACUCGUAUAUAAAUAAUGAAGAAGCCGUUGUAUAUUGCUACCACGUCCUAGUGUGUGAUUUGCAAAUUAUUCAAUAGACAUAUUUUAUGAAAUAGGUAUGUAUAGAAAUGAUUACAGAGAGCUUAUGUCAAAUAAUCUGCUAACCUAUUAUUGAUGUGUAAAGAAGGUAUAUAUGUGCGAGUUGUUCUUAACAUGUUCAACAAUCCGUUGAAGUGUCCACCCUAUCGGAUCACACUGAACAUGCUUGUGUUAUGGGCAAUAUGCUACCACGAUCAGUAACUGCGAUGUACUUUGCAUCAUGCUUGAACACACUGUGUUGUUAUGUGUGUUGCACUGAAUACUAUUGGAGUGUCUUUUAUGUUAUCAACCAGUCAUGCGACAAUCACGUGUUACACUUGCAACACGGAGUCAGCAUGCAAUCCAUGCGAUACUGUGUUUAAUCAGCUGAUUAGAGAAUGGGAUAACUGUAUAUGUGUAUUUCCUUUUUGUGAAAAGCCUGCUAAUAAGAAAACAUUUACUUUGGGUCAAGGUCAUUACAGGUCAAGGUCAUUAACUUUGACCUUGCUUCAAGCUGGAUAUAGAAAGGAAGAGCUUGUUGAAAAUAUACUAAAGUUAUCCUAGUCCAUAUAACGUAGUAUGUAUUAAUGUAAAUAUUGUGAAUUAAUUCAUGUUUCCUAGUUCAUAUUUUAAAGUUAUAUUUUAAGUUAAAAACAUUUAAAAAAAAAGAUAUUUACAAGAACAAAUACGGUACUGAUGGUCGAACAGCUCCUUUGCAGUGCAGUGUGUGUUCAUAUCUAUCUUCGUGUUUCCUACCCAUAUUACCUCCAAACAAUUCAAGCGGCAGUCCUUGAUCGAUCGUUUGUUUUACGCGAAGCAUAUUUUCUAACAAUGCUGUUUUCUCAGCCACAACGAAUUGAUUCAAUGGUCGUCGAAACAGCAGAUACAUUUAAUCUCAUUUAUUUUAUUUUAGUGGUGAUUUCGAGACUUAAAUAACCACGUUUGUUAAACUGUAUCUAAAAACAAGCCGACUUAAACAUUAUAUAAUUGAGUUUAUUUUGACUCGGAAACUCGUUUAUCCGGGCAGUCCGGAUAAGCGAGGUUAGACUUAACUUAAUCCACCCUGAGCAAUACAGGUACAUUGUGCAAUACAGUCUAGCCACAAUGUGCUAGAUGUACAUCAGGGCAUGAUAAUGAAGGGUGCCCAAGUUACCAGUCUAAAUAAGUCUCGCCUCAAUGUGUAAAACAAGAUGGACACAUAUUAUAUCAGUGCAUUGUGGCAUAAGAUAGAAAUUAGAUUUGAGAGAAUACUGAUGACAGUAGUUAUCGUAGGGUGUAAGGUUAUGAAGAUGUGUUGUGCAAUGUCAUAAGCAUCGUGGACAUCUCCCAAAGAGCGAAAAUAACCGGGGAGGGAAAGUAGAAAAUCCAGACAUCAACUCGGGAGAUUUCGGAAUUUCCCGUAACCCUACCCAGGUCCAUUAUGCAAUGUUUUACCUGUUUCUUAUAUUUGUCUUGAUAUAAUCGGAAUCUUACAAUCGACUCUGCUUUUAGUACAGAUUCCUUAUGAAUAUGGAAAGGGUUUUGUCGCUUUUAUUUAGGAGUGGUCUGACAUAACAUGGUACACUGUGUCUGACAUAAUUAUGUAUUCUAAACAAGAAUACAAGUUGUAGUAUCGGAGACAUUUUUCGAUAAAAAUAGUAACAUGAAACUCAUCACUCGUUCCUCAUUUUCAACCUUGUUUUGAAGAAUGGUAGUGUCAAAACCAUUUGUUAAUGCGUCUUAUAAAUUGUCACUUUUCAAACUGGGUUAAUCACAGGUCAUCGUUGUUAUUUGUCCUCAGUUCGAGGCGACUGUCAAAUUCCAUGACAUAGUUUGCCUAGAACAAUCGGAGGAUGACAGUACCCUUUAGUGUGGAAAGACUCAAAGUCGCUUGGAAUGCAUAUAUCGGGAUCCUAGGUGAUACAAAAUAGGUUACCCGUGGAGCCCGGGUUAAAAUAGGUCUUCAGCAACCCAUGCUAGGCGACUAAUGGUGUCGGGUGGUCAGGGUUGCUGACUUGGUUGAUGCAUGUCAAGGUAUCUUAAUUGUGCGGAUCGAUGCUCAUGAUGUCAACCACUGGAUUGUCUGGUCCAGACUCGAAUAUUUACAGACCCCCGUUAUAUAGCAGGAAUAUUGCUGAGUGCGGCGUUAAACAACAAACAAACAAUAUAGGUCCACAUUCAUGAGGGCGAACAUGUCAUUGACACACGGUUGGAACCCAUGGACAUAUUUGUCCCACCCUGAAUGUACAGAAAUUAUGAAUGAUAAGGUGCGUGUGUCUGGAAAACUCGAUUACGACUAAAGGUCACGUGAUGGUAAUCCAGGUGUGCCGUUAGCUGUUCAAUAGAAUCAACCUGUAGAUACCUAAACUCCUUGAUCAUAACAGGGCACGGGUGGGCCUGUGCUCCAAAGAGCUACAAUUCGCCGUGCGGAGUUGUAUUCCGUAGUUACGCCAGGAUACGAUUAUUGUGGUUUGAAUCCAAGAUUAACCCUGAUAAGGAUCCUUGGUCUGUCAGCACCAAACCUGCGGUCGUUGGUCUCACCAAAGUUGUAACCGACAACGUCCUGUGUCACGUUGGGUGUUCUUUCCAAGAAAAACUGUAUGAAAUACUGUUCAAAGCCGUUUUAAACCAAAAUCAUUUCUUUGAUAAUACUAGAUAUAUAUUAUUUCCGAUAGAAAUAAAGGCGUGUUUUGCCAGCUUCCUAUGUUAUCCAAAGUUAUAUCUCAACCCAGGGAGGUUCAUUCUACGUAUCAAGUUCCUCAACCAAUGGAAUGAAUAUAGCUAGUUGUCUGUCGCGUAGUAUGUCACGUCAACACGCAUUAGGAACAAGCAAUGAAUCUUAUGUUGGUCACCACACAUUAUGUAUAUACAUGGUUCAUAUGAAAUCGUACUUUCCUCACGACUGUAUAUUCAUCUCAGUACCGCUGUUCUCCUACCCGCUGUUGUUCGUUGUUGAGUGUUCCCCUCAGGACCCAUUACCAACCGCUAGCCUGUAGAUUUCUUAUUGUGAUACAGAAAGCAGUCGUUAACAUUAUAACUAUUGUGAAUAAUUGAAUAUGUGAGAAUAAAACUA